CUCUUUAUCCAAUCUACUUGUCUACGUCUAGGUCAAAACGCAAUAAAAAAUAAUUUUAUCAGAGCUGAUUUUUACACUGAUAUUAAUACAAAUUUAGAUAGGCAAGUCUUAUUUUUAGAUAAGUAACAAAACAUAAUACUGGGGAUAAACAUUGCAGUUUCGAUAACAAAACAAUACCUACAUAAUAAUAUAAUUAAUAAUAAUUAAAAUGUGCACAAAAAGUUAUUUAAUAUUUGUUUUGUGCACGGUUUUUUUAUGUGUUACCGAUAUUAGUGGUUACAAAAUAUUAGGUGUUUUUCCAUUUUAUGCCCCAAGUCACUAUUUUCUUGGAAAUGAACUACUAAAAGGCUUGGCGGAAGCUGGACAUGAUGUUACUAUGAUUUCAGUUUAUGAAGACAAAAAUUUGCCGAAAAAUGGAAAGUAUAACCAAAUUAUUAUGGAUGAUAUAAUAUUAAAACAGAAAGAAAUGUUUGCCAAAGUAGGAAAUCUAACUACCCUAGCAUCAGAUCCAAGUUUCUUCUCCAACCCUUUUAAAUUCAUCACCAUGUUUCCCGAUUUAUGCUAUUUUGUAACCGAACAAGCCCUGAAUAGUACAAAAAUGCAACAGCUCAUCAAAUCAAACCAAAUAUUCGAUGUUAUAAUAAUACCUCAGUUUAAUUUAGAGGCCUUAAAAGGUCUAGCCUCCCAUUUCAAGGCGCAUUUAGUAAUGCUUAAUAAUAAUGCCAUGAAUACUUGGAUGGGUCACUUUGUAGGUAAUCCUACACUACCAUCAAUUAAUUCAGAGCUAAUACUAGGAUAUACAGAACAGAUGAACUUUCAACAAAGAUUAAUAAAUACAAUUUUAAAAGUCCUCUCUCAACUUGUAAAUCAUAUCUAUGAUUACCCUCGUUACAAUGAAUUGAUACACAAAUAUAUUUCUGAGAAAAUCGAUUUAACUGAAAAUCAAUACAAUAUUGCCUUGGUUUUAUCAAAUUCUCAUACCAGCCUUAAUCAAGCUGAAGGAUCCGUACCGGUUAUUAAAGAAAUAGCAGGUUUCCAUGUUAAACCACCAAAAAAACUGCCCGAAGAUUUGCAAAAAUAUUUAGAUGAAGCGAAGGAUGGAGUUAUUUAUUUCAGCAUGGGAUCCAAUUUAAAGGGGUCUGAUUUACCGGUUAAAAUGAGAAAGUCUUUAAUGGAUGCUUUUUCUAAGAGAAAGGAGAAAAUUCUGUGGAAAUUUGAGAUAGAUGACAUGCCCGGAAAGCCUACGAACGUUAGAAUAGAGAAAUGGUUGCCCCAGUCUGAUAUAUUAGCUCAUCCAAAUAUAAAGUUAUUCAUAACUCAUGGAGGAUUUUUGAGUUCCAUCGAAACUGUCUACCAUGGGAUACCAAUAGUGGCCAUUCCGGUGCUUGGGGAUCAACUGAAAAAUGCUAAAAUAGCUGAAGCGGCUGGUUACGCUUAUUUGAUUGAGUUGAAUCAAAUAACUGAAAAAAGUGUAUCUGCUGCCAUAGAAGAAGUUUUGACAAAUAAAAAAUACCUCGAAAACGUAAAAUAUAGAUCGAAACUCUUCCAUGAUAGGCAGGUGAAGCCUUUAGAUGAUGCUAUUUAUUGGGUAGAAUAUAUCGUCAGGCAUAACGGGGCCAAAAAUUUAAGGGUAAAUUAUUUAAAUUUAACCUGGUACGAAUACUUAUUGGUGGAUGUAAUUGCAACAAUUUUAGCUGUGAUAUUUGUAUCUCUGUACAUUGUUAAAAAGAUUGUUUGUGGUUUAUUAGGUUUAUGUAUAGGAAAAGGCGAUAAAGAGGCAGAAAAGUUGAAAAAGCAAUAAACGUGUAUAUAUUAAG